CCACCUGACCGGCUGACCCCCGCCGAGGCAAUGGGGGUGACCUGCCCGCAAACUCGACGGCCGAUCCAUCUCGCCGAGCCACCCCUAUCCCCGGAACCAAACCCUAGCUCCCCGCUCAUGGACGACGGCGCGGCGCCCGCCGCCGCCGCCGCCGCCGAAUUACCCUCGCCGUCGCCCUCCUCCUCCGGCACCUCCCCCUCCCCGCGCUCCAAGCGCCGCCGCACCGACCGCUACGCGCAAGGCUUCGAGUUCGCCCCGCGCCCCGCCCCCGCGACCGCGACCGCGACCGCUCCGGCGCCGACGCCCGCGCGCGGCACGCCCGAGUGGUCGGAGGGCUCCACCUUCGCGCUCCUCGACGCCUGGGGCGACCGCUUCGUGCGCGCCGGCCGCCGCAGCCUCCGCGCGGACGAGUGGCUGGAGGUCUCCCGCCUCGCCGCCGCCGCGGCCUCCCGCCCCCCCGGGUACUACUCGGAGCAGCAGUGCCGCAACCGCAUCGACACCCUCAGGAAGAAGUACAGGAAGGAGAAGGAGAGGAUGCGCCUCGCCGCCCGCCGCCCCGACCGCCCCGACCGCCCCUCGCCUUCCAAGUGGAUCUACUUCGACAAGAUGCAGUCUCUCAUGUGCCCACCGCCGCUCCCGUUGCAGCCACCCGUAGUGACGCGCCGCCGAGACACGCAGCCGGUGCCGCGCCAAUCUUGGGGUCUGGACGCCGCGGAGUACGUGCUGGGCGGGUGUGAGAACGCGGGAACAAGGGAUUCUGGGUCUGGUGCGGAAUUGGGUGAAGAGCAGCCAAACGAGGCUGGUGCAGGGAAAGGGGAAGACUUUGAGUUGCUCGUGGAGUCGAUUCGGAAGCUUGGGGAUGUCUAUGAGAGGGUGGAGAGUAGCAAGAGGCAGCACAUGGCUGAGGUUGAGUGGUUGCGGAGGGAUCUCCAAAGGGAUCUUGAGGUGAGGAGGAGGGAGAUUUUGGAGAAGGCGCAAGCAGAGAUUGCGCGUCUCACUGAGGAAGAUGGGGAGGAGGGUGACCUCAAGGAGGGUGAGGGUGAUGAUAACAAGAGGUUUGGGGAUGAUGGUGGUGGCGAAGAGUAGAGCAAUGUCGCCGUGAAUGCUUAUUCUUAGCCUAGGGUCUGUAAGUUCGGGAAAUCAGGGCUAAAACAUGGAUUUUGUGUUAGUAGUUGGAUCCACAAGGAUUGCUGUGGUAGUCGAACUUACAUCUGUAACUUUAGAUAUUAUAUGAUUUUCAGAUCCCUUGAUUUUAGAUUGAUUUGAUCAGCUUACACGACUACACCCAGUGCAGAUUGUGGUGUAGGUCUCCUUUGUAUUUCUUGUAAUCAAAAUAGUGGUUCUCAUUUAAUUGUUGUAUCUGUCUCUUUGGGAUUGAUACAAUUAGUCCAUUACUAUGACAAAUCAGUAUGUAUUGGGUUCAUUAAGUUUUGGACCUAUAAUCA